AUGCAACUGGCUCGCAUUGAGCCCGGUUAUGACCGACCCACCGGGCACAGUGAUUUGAACCCACUAUGCUGGGACUCUGAAGUUUUCUGCAACUUGGCGUUUUCGUCUCCAGUCCGAUUGUCAAUAAGGCAGCUCAUGGGUCUCCAGUCUUCGGUCUUUGGUCUCCGAGCUUUGAGUCUCUGGUCCCAGGUCCCUGGUCAUUCACAUUAUCGUUGCAUGUGCCGAGAGGUAACCCCGCAUGGGUGUGUUCGUUCAUCUUUAUUUCUUGUGCGUGCAAAAAUUCAACAAUUGCAGAAAUUGAAACUUUUGCCUCUUGCCGUUGUUGCCCCACACAAGAACAUUGAAAGAAAACUUUCAGACAUGAAAAACGUAAAAAAUGAAAUAAAAUAA